AUUAUCUUCAUCCUAAUUUUAGAGACGUACGAACAGAGUUUUCUUCGACCAUACAUCCCACGGCCCCUUUCUAUGAUCAUGCUGUCGGAAAACCGAUUGUUCUCUGAUUAUUAUAGUUUACGCAGAUUUUCUGUCCCACAUUUUGACCAAUUUCUUUGCCAUUCCUUGGUUGAUGCAGAAAGGGGACAGACAGAACAUCGACGACGAUGACAAUGACGACGAUGAUCAUCUCGCAAAUCUCCUAAAAAUGUCGACGACAAGCUUUUGAUUUUCGUGCACUGUUAGGAAGGAAGAAGAUUAGCAGAAGUUGUUCAAAAACGAAAAGGAUUUUUGUUCGAACGUAAGGUGUUCGACGAAAUGCCUGACUGAGAUCAUACGCUGCAAUAAGUAAAACAGAUUGGAUUUCCAAUGCCCUGAUCGAUUCUACCAUUUCUAUCUCCAAAAAUCUAUAAAAAUGAAGGCCUGGGAGGCGACGGUUCGGAAAACGCAGGCGGCGGCGAAGAAGCGCGCCAACACGAUAUUCGGGACGUCAUACGGGACGGAGAACGCCGAGGAAGAAAUCGACGAUCAAGAGGCCGAGGAGGAAGUGCACGCGAGCGGCGAGUCGUACCAUUCGGAGAAAUUCCUCCCCAACGGCGACUACUACUCAGGUUUUUGGGUCGACAACUUCCCGCACGGGCAAGGCAAGUAUUGGUGGACCGACGGGUGCAUGUACGUCGGCGAGUGGUGCAAAGGCAAGACGAACGGGUGGGGAAUUUUCAGCUGGCCGUCAGGGGCGAUGUACGAAGGGAAUUUCAAAAGUGGCUUCAUGGACGGCGAGGGGACGUACACGGAGGCUAACGGGAGCGUGUACAAAGGCUCGUGGGUAAUGAACCUAAAACACGGCCAAGGAAUGAAGGAGUACACGAACGGCGACGUCUACGAGGGCCAAUGGAGCCGCGGCCUACAGGAAGGCCAAGGGAAAUACCAAUGGAAGAACGGGACGUAUUACACAGGCGAAUGGAAGAACGGCAAGAUGACGGGCGCCGGACAAAUGCAAUGGCUCAAUGGGAACGUCUACGAGGGUGAUUGGGAGGACGGCAUCCCGAAGGGGCAAGGAACGUUCCGGUGGUUGGACGGGAGUUUUUACGUCGGGAAUUGGAGCACGGAGCCGUCAGAGCAGAACGGAACGUACAUCCCAAAGGGGUCGAUGGAAGGGAACCUCGAAUGGGAUCCUCAAGAAGUGUUCACCAAUGAUUUGAAGGAUUGCAAGGUUUGUCCGGCCGAGAAAGUCCCGAUAUGGCCGUCGCAGAAGAGGCUCGCCGUCUGGCGGUCGACGAAGGGGACGGACAACAUGGCCAGGCCGCGGCGGCUGUCUGUAGACGGCAGGAUCGAAGGAGGCGUCGACAAGGAGUUGAGGUUGUCUGAUUGCGCCGCGCCGUCUUCGUGGAGCAGCAACUCCAUCGAACGGAACGGGAUCGACGGCGACGACACCUCUAGCACCCGGUCCGAACCGAUUUCUCGUGGCACGCCAAUAAAGAUACCGAAGGUCGUCAAGAAACAAGGCGAGACUAUUUCGAAAGGACACCGGAAUUACGACCUUAUGCUGAACUUGCAGCUCGGAAUCAGGCAUUCGGUCGGAAGACCCGGCCCCCCUCCGUCGCUCGAUUUGAAGCCGUCGGCGUUCGAUCCUAAAGAGAAGUACUGGACAAAGUUCCCGACUGAGGGCUCGAAAUACACUCCUCCCCAUCAAUCUUGCGAGUUCAAAUGGAAAGAUUACUGCCCGAAAGUUUUCCGGACACUGAGGAUGCUGUUUAAGGUCGAUCCGGCGGAUUACAUGCUUUCGAUAUGUGGUAACGAUGCCUUGCGCGAACUUUCUUCGCCCGGAAAAAGCGGGAGCUUCUUUUACUUGACGAACGACGAUCGGUAUAUGAUCAAGACGAUGAAGAAAGCGGAGACAAAGGUUCUUUUAAGGAUGUUGAGCGCGUACUACAACCAUGUCCGAGCGUUCGACAACACUUUAGUGACAAAAUACUAUGGCUUGCACUGCGUAAAGUUGAACGGACAAAAGGUUCGUUUCAUUAUAAUGGGAAAUCUAUUUCGCACCGAGUACACGAUCCACAGGAGGUACGAUUUGAAAGGGUCGACGUUUGGGAGGCUUACGGACAAGCCGGAAUCGGAGAUAGAUUCGAACACGACGCUUAAGGAUCUCGACUUAAACUUUGUUUUCCGGCUGCAAAAAACAUGGUACCAAGAAUUUCGAAGACAAGUUGACAAAGAUUGUGAGUUCCUCGAACAAGAACGUAUCAUGGACUAUAGCCUUCUCGUCGGGCUUCAUUUUACUGAAGCCUCGAUCGAUGAAACUCCCCCCGGCGCCCGAACACCCGUCGGUGACGACGGUACCUUGGAUUCCGACUCAGUCACACGAUUGUCGCGCGCGGAUUUAGAUCAAUUGUUGAUAGACCCUACAAGCUUUAGGUGGUCGAGCAUAAAACUCGGGAUCAACAUGCCGGCGAGAGUGGAAAGGACGGAGAGAGCGAAACUUCCCGACGGGGAGAUCCAACUAGUGGGAGAGCCGACGGGAGAAUGCUACGACGUGAUAAUGUUUUUUGGGAUCAUAGACAUUCUUCAAGACUACGACAUCACAAAGAAACUUGAACACGCGUAUAAGUCCAUCCAAUACGACCCGAACUCCAUUUCCGCCGUCGACCCUAAAAUGUACUCGAAGCGCUUCCGCGACUACAUUUUUAAGGCCUUUUCCGAAGACACUUGAUACAUAGACGUAGGUUGUCUUUUCCUUUCAUUCUUUGUUGUAAUGUUCAGACCGGCCGGGGAAGGCGCCGGCGUCGUCGACUAUUCUUGACCGUUGGAUCAUCAAUGGAGUAAGGUAGGGUGACAGCAUUGGAACCACCCUAUAUAGUCAUUCUUUCAAUUUUUUAUUUUUUAUUUUUUUUAUUUUAUUUGUAGGAUACUUACAACUUGGAUAUAUAUAGCCAUUUGUUUGUUGUAGGAAAUUCAAAAUUGAAAUUGAAAUGUACACUUUUGUAGGGGUGUUUUUGUUACCAACUUUUUUAUAGAUAAUUUAACUAUAUGAAUUGUUUUCA